CAAAACGGAACAACGCAAAGGCCAAAAGAAAGCAAAACAGUGACGAACGUGAAGAAAAAAAGCUGCAGUUUCGGAGCAUCGCUGUGAAAAAUCGGAUAAUUUGUUUGGAUUGCGUUGUUGGGAAAUCGAUUUUUCCGAGUGAAGGUUGAUUUUGGUUAGUGGGAAAACCGAUUGUCCGCUGUAUCUGUUGCUGCCCGUGCGUGUUAUCGUUGUUAUCUUCGGGGCGGGCAGGAAAUUCGUGGAAGGUGGAAAACCUUGAUGCGUCAUACACUUGAGAAAAGAUUUUCCUUGUGAUAAUCGCCAGUGUUUGUGUUUUUCAUCGAAUCGAGCGAAGGACACGGGAAAAAUCGGUAUCGCUCGUCUAGAAGUUUUCGAUCCGCUUUUGUGAGCGCAGAUUCCAGAGGAAGAUCUCAUCGCAGCCCCCAACAUGCCUCCGGCCAAUAACAACAACAGCAACAACGAUGAUUUACCCCCGCCAAAGGCGGAUUUCAGCGCGCCUCCGCCGUACGAGGCAACGGAUAACAGUGCUCACGAUCAGUACGCUCAAUCGAACCAUCCGGAAAUGACCACUAAAUUGCCGACAUACGAAGAGGUCCAGAUGGAGAAAAUGAUCAAUCACGAGUUGCCGAUUCCGCCGGGGGCUACAGUUCAUAUGCCGCCACCUCCGCCGCCCAGUAUUACCGGGCUACCCAUGGGACCGAUCGGACGCACCCCGGGAGGUCCAAACGGAGGCCCAGCUGUUACCUUUAUCGCCAUAGACACCGAUGGAGAGAACAUCAACGCCGACAACAGUCUUCUCGGGACGGACAUUGUAUUUGUGACAGCAUUUUUGGUAGCGUUCCUGUUCAACUGGAUCGGUUUCCUGAUGUUGACCUGUUUCUGCCAUACAAUUGCCGCCCGUUACGGUGCUCUGUCCGGGUUUGGCCUGUCCCUGGCAAAGUGGACACUCAUCGUCAAACACUCAACGGAUUUCGCUUCGCACGAAAAUUCCUGGCUCUGGUGGCUCAUCAUGGCCUUCGGGUUCCUAAUCUGCGUCCGGGCCCUCGUCCAGUACAUCAGCAUCAAACGAACGUGGCGACUGCUUUCGACGUCCGCCCAGGAGCGACUACUUUUCUUCUACUGAGUUUCGUGCGUAGCUUAGACGCAACAAGCACAUCCAUGUUGAAACAUUCACUUACAUAAUAGGAAUUAGUCUAUUUCAAAACGAGGCUCCCAUGGCCGCCGAAUGGAUGUUUAGGGUCAUCUACGCAAGCUUACAAACAAUCAAACAUGGAAGCAGCUGAGCGUUUUAAAGGAAUGUUGCUAGGACAGCGCAGGAAACACGUUUGUGAUACGCCAAUCACCUCGGUUUUUAGUAAGUAAAGAAACCGUUUCGAAAGAAGGUAGUUUAAACUAAUUUUAAAAACACCACGACACACCUGUAAAACAUUCCCCUUUUCGUUAUAUGUAGUUCAUCGAAUCUGUCGUCGUGAAUUUGUACUGGAGGCGCAUCACAGUAACCGUUAUUUAUAGGAGAGGCAUGCCGGAAACAUUGAAUGUUUGUGAUUUUUCUUCAGAGCCUAACUGACAUCGAUUUCGUUUCAUCGAUCCUCUCUUUGUGUUAUUACAGAAUGUGUAUUGAGGUUUUCAAAGAUUUUUUGGUUAAAAUACGAAGGAGACGACUGCAUCUUGUUAUAGAUACAAGAAGAAUACUGAUUUAGUUUGAUUCGAUCAAAUUAGCGAAAGAGAGAAUCGAUGAAGAAGUGUCGAUGAAGUCAGUUAGGCCCUAAUGAAAAAAUCAUUGUCGAAGGUUCAAGGUGUCUGUAGUUUGUGUGAAUGGAAUGAAAAUAUACUACCCGCCAUAAAUAUGAAAUCGCAUAUUGCAACGCUCAUACUGAAUAUUGCAGCACCUAAAAAUUUUUGCAUCACCCUGAAAUGUGAUUACAGGUCUUUCAGGCACAAAUCACUUAUGAAAAAUCAACACGCACCUAACAACCUAAUUGAUAAUGUUUCUAUCUGUUAGUGUUGGUGAGGCGCGUGAGUAAAUUCAAAAAAAUACUUGCUUAACGAAAAGUUGAUGUGAUCUAAGGUGCGGCUUAUAUUUCGAAAGUUGUUGUCAUAUGAGGCUAUUCAAUCAUGCUAAACGAUUGCAAAUCGGUCAUUUAAACAACUUUUCUUGGCAAGGUGCAACCUAUCGUGACCUUUUCUAUAGUUGGCAUGCUCAUUAGAGUGGCUUACGUUUAUACAGAACAAUUGGAAUCACGAACUUUACUUCCCGAAAAUUAAUGUUUUGUUGUCAAUAUGAUCCUCUGAAUAUCGGAGCUCAUGUCGUGCCCUGGAAAAGAAAUGCUUUAUAUGUUUCAUUUCCGGUAUUGUUCGUAAAUGUUAAAUUAGUUUAGUUUGUCUUGAUCAGGGUACAACAACAGUAGAUUUGGGUUUCGUUUAAAUUUUGCUGUUUUCGAAUCUUUGCCAAAUACUAAGAUGUUUUAAUAGACGCUGUGACUUAAAGAUAAACUUUACGCCAUUUGGUUUUGAUCUCUUUGCAAAUCGAGUACAAAUGAUCGAUGCCAUUGGCAUCUAGAAACAAAAACGUAAUGAUUACAUUUUUCUUCACAGUUAACAUGAAUUUACAUAUUUCAAUAAUACGUUAUAUCAGAUCAAUACCAUUGCUUAGAAUCUCUUGGAAACUCACGUAUCAAUUCCUAAAAAGGAAAAAGUUGUGCGAAUUGUUGCAAAAAUUUCAUGUUUACUCUUUAGCACUUGUCAUGUAUCAAACAAGUUCGAUAUUUCAGAUAUUUUCACAUAAUUCGCAACAAAAGCAUUGACUAAGCAUGUGCUCAAAAUUGUCUCAUAUUACGGUUACUGUGACGUCCUGAACAACUUCAAACCUAACAGAAAACCAUUAAUGUCACAUGUCACAGACAAGGCUUUAACCCCGAUGGGAAGUAGUUUGCUAUCAAUUGGGUUUUUAAAUUAUGAAAAAUGUAUUGAUUUUUUGAUUCUAUACGGAAGAGCACCUUUUUCUGAACCACUAUGAUUUUUUUCAGAUUUUUAGAACUUUAUUUUGGAACCUAAAAUCAAUUUCAAAGAGAUUUUUUGAAAACACCUUUUGACAGCUGGGCUACUGUUUGACAGCUCCGCCUAGUACAAACUGCGACGAGGGGUGAUUCGACAAAUCUCUCCCAUACAUACUUCAAAUUGAUUUUUAAAUAGGUUCCCGGGCACCAAAAUUCAUGAAAAUUUGGAUUUCGGCUCAGUUUCACAUGCAGAUUUAGAAUAUCGAAUUAUCUCAACACCGUUAAAGAAGCCAAUUGUUGUUUUUGAGAUGAUAACAUUUGCAGAAAAAAAAACAAAUUAGAAUGCCAUUCGAAGGGACUAACUAUAUGUAUUAGGACUCGCAUACUGUGCAAUCAUAUUCCGCAAAAUUAGGACUUAUUAUUCUGACAAGAAUCCAGUAUUUUUUCUUGUUUUCCAUUGUUGUUAACAAACUGCAUUCGUUACACAUAUUGUAGACUUUUGCUGCUAUACUUAAAAACCACCGCAAUGGCAACGGAGAGACCAGUGUUGUAGAUUUCUUCCCUUUGACGAAACUAUCCUACAGUUUUACGUUUAGGAAAUUAUUAAAUAACUAUUACAAAACAGUGCAUAUGGGCAGAAGCGAAGAAAAAUAGAACAUAUUUUUGUAAAUGUACAUAGGGCUUCAGUGUGUGAAAAAACGGCGAGACGCUGAUUAAGGAACAAAUAUCUAUUACUAUUAUCGUAAAUCAAUUGUGACACACACACACACACAUACCUACUUUAUCUGAAUAAAGUGACGGAAAA